AUGUCGCCCACCCUCAUGGCCGACUCGGACGGCUCUUCCACCGGCUCCGGAUCGGCAGUCUCCGUCGGCGCGCUCCCGUUCGCUGUCUCCGAGGAGACUUGGGGCUCCAUCGCCUCGCCCUCCGCGCGCAACCUGAUCUCUGGCCACAUCCCGAGCUACGGCGGCACUUCGCGCGGCGGCGCCGGCCUGCUCUCCUCGGAGACAGAUCACAUCGGAUUCCACACCCGCCACCUGAAGGACUUCUCGUUGCUCUACAACUACAUGCGCACGGGCAUCGACCCGCUCGACGGCGAUACCGUGGCGAUUGAGAUGAAGAAUCCGGCUCAGAUGGACCUCUCCACGAUCAAGGUGCUCAUCGUCGAGGGCGAUUUCGCUUGGGCGUACAACAACGAGACCGGCUCGUGGGGCUACGCGCCCGGAUCGGAGGGCACGACGCAAGCCUUCUUUCAGGAGUUCCAGCUUGCGCUCAUCAACUCCAAGUACGGCAAGAACGCGGGAAUAUUUUACCUAAUAGUUCACUACCCAUUUUGUUCCUCUUUCCGUGUAUUUUGA